AUGGAUUAUCGUAGUUGGAUGUAUAAUAGGAAUUAUCCUAAUCGUCAGUUUUUGAUGGAGGAAUUUAUAGAAGGGGUUGAGGAAUUUAUUACGCAUGCAAUGUCACUUGAACCGUUUCGGAUUGGAGGGUUGAUUAGGUGUCCUUGUGUGAAGUGCAAGUGUUUGCAUUAUUUUGGACCAGAGGAUGUUAAGACUCAUCUUUGUCAAAAAGGGUUUAAGGAUAAUUAUUUUGUGUGGACUAGUCAUGGAGAGAUUGAUGGUACUGAUGGUGUAUUUCAUAAUGUAGUUGGUCAAAGUAGUAGGUCGGUGGGGAAUAACGUUCAACAUCCGAGAUACCAUGAAAUGGUUGCGGAUGCUCUAGGGAUGCACUUCGAUUUUGAAACCAACGAAAGUGUUGAACAACCUCCUAUUGAAGAAGCAAAAUAUUUUUAUGAACAGUUAGAGGCUGCUAGUCGUCCACUAAAACAACGGAGUAUGCACUCUCAGUUGUCUGUUACAGUUAGAUUAUUAAGUAUCAAAUCAGAUACCAAUAUUUCUCAAGCAGGAAUGGAUUCUUUCAUUGGGCUUAUGAGUGAACUAGUUGACCCAGAUUUCAACAUACCUGUAGAUUUUUAUAAGGCUAAAAGAUUGGUUUCUAAGUUAGGACUCUCGUCUAGGCUUUCCAGCGGGAAGAAGGCUGCUGUGAAGUCGAUGCAUUACUUACCUCUUAUUCCUAGAUUAAAGAGAUUGUAUGCAUCGAUGAGUUCCGCUCCUCAUAUGAGAUGGCACUAUGAAAAUAGAAGGCCGCCCGGUGUUAUGUGUCACCCUUCAGAUGGGGAAGCUUGGAAGCAUUUUGAUAGGACGUAUCCGGAUUAUGCUAGUGAACCGAGGAAUGUUCGAUUGGGUUUGUGUGCUGAUGGUUUCACGCCAUUUUCUGUUUCUGCAACACCAUAUUCAUACUGGCCGGUCUUUAUUACUCCGUAUAAUCUUCCUCCUGAAAUGUGUAUGACUAGUCCAUAUAUAUUUUUAAAUUGUGUUAUUCCCGGUCCCCGCAAUCCAAAGAGUUUGAUUGAUGUAUAUUUGCAACCUUUGAUUGAUGAGCUUAAACAGUUGUGGUAUGAUGGAGUUGAGACAUAUGAUAUAUCAACUAAGCAAAAUUUUAACUUAUGUACUAACUUAAUGUGGACCAUUAAUGAUUUUCCUGCGUAUGGAAUUUUGUCUGGGUGGAUGACUGCCGAAAAGUUAGCAUGUCCUUACUGCAUGAAAAAUGGUAAAGCGUUCACUUUAAAACAUGGCCGAAAGCAGUCAUGGUUUGAUUGUCAUCGUCAGUUCUUGCCAAUUCCUCCUACCCUUUUGAAGUUAUUUCUUACUUAA